ACUGAUAACACAAUGUAUAUUCCUUUGGAAUAUCGUUCAAUUUCCUUAUCUAUUGCUUUAUUUUUUCUCAUGGAUGUUCUUCUUCGAAUAUUUGUAGAAGGGAUACAAUUGUUUUUUUCUGACAUAGUUAAUUCUAUAGAUGCUGUGAUUACCGUGGUGACUCUACUAAUUGAUUUCACUUAUAUUUCUAAUGACCUUGAGGUUUUUAAAGAUAUCCCCAGCUUGAUCGUUUUCCUUCGAUCUCUGCGACUUGUCAUUCUGAUGAGAAUUUUCCAUCUGGUGCACCAGAAAAGACAUCUUGAAAAGCUGACCAGAAGGAUGGUUUCAGGAAACAAACGACGAUACAAGAAGGAUGGAUUCGACUUAGACCUCACUUACAUUACCGGGCGCAUCAUUGCCAUGUCGUUCCCGUCUUCUGGACAGCAGGCUUUCUUCAGGAACCCCAUUCAGGAAGUUGUGCGGUUCCUGGACACCAAGCAUCGAAACCACUAUCGAGUCUACAAUCUUUGCAGUGAAAAAGCUUAUGACCCUAAGUACUUCCAUUAUCAGGUCCACCGACUCAUGGUUGAUGACCACAAUGUGCCUUCUCUGAGUGAGAUGGUGGAAUUUUCCAAAGAAGUACAGAAGUGGAUGGCUGAAGAUGACAAGAACAUCACAGCGAUUCACUGCAUGGGAGGCAAAGGACGAACCGGAACGAUGGCUUGCGCCUACCUUAUUGCCUGUGGAAUAUUUAAAACCGCUGAGGAAAGCCUUCGUUAUUUUGGAGAACGACGAACAGAUAAAACCACCAGCAAUAAAUUUCAGGGAGUGGAAACUCCUUCUCAGAGUCGAUAUGUUGGAUAUUUUGCAGAUGUGAAAAACAUCUAUAACUUGACUCUCCCUCCGAGAAACUUACUUGUGAUAAGAAAAAUUGUUAUUUAUUCAAUUCAUGGUGUUGGAAAAGGCAAUGGAGAUGAUCUACAAGUACAAAUAAUAAUGCUCCAAAAGAUUGUCUUUUUUUGUUCUGCUUCUACAAACUGUAGGAUAGUCCACGACGUGGAAAGAGACAGAGUGAUCAUCCAUCUCAGCAGCUGCCCGCCUCUGCACGAUGACGUCAAGGUGCGGUUCCUGUCCUCGGCUCUUCCGAAAUACUAUGACAACUGCCCAUUUUUCUUUUGGUUCCACACGUCUUUUAUUCAAAAUAACAGGCUUUAUCUUUCCAGGGAUAAACUGGACAAUCCCCAUAAGCCAAAAAUGUGGAAAAUUUAUCGUCCAGAGUUUGCAGUCGAAAUAUAUUUUGAUGCCAUUGAUCAAGUUGUAGCUGAUCCCUGAUUAAGUGUACUUCCCCUUCUAGGAUAGAAUCGAACUCUUCCCAGCCAUAUCUGUGUUUUCAAACCCUGUUUCCUCCCUGGUACAACAAUAUUUAUAUACAUGUACAUAUGUUCUUGAAAAAUCUAUUAAA